CGAUGCUGCAUAAUGGGAGAAGCUGUUAACUCCAGUUCCAUUGCAGACAGCGUGCUAUUCACGCCUAUCCAGCUGGGCCCCGUCACCCUCUCGCACCGGAUUGCGAUGGGCCCACUGACACGUCACCGGAAUUACGCGGAUCAUACACCAAGUGAAAUCGCGUUGACGAUGUAUACCCAGAGGGCGAGCUACCCGGGGACGUUGAUCGUCACCGAGGGUAAUUUUUUUGCGAAGCAAUCUGGAGGAUAUCGGCACGUGCCUGGCAUCUACAACGAGACACAGAUUGAGGCUUGGAAGAAAAUCACGGAUGCAGUCCGUUCUAAGGGAUGCUAUAUGGCUCUCCAGCUAUGGUGCCUGGGACGCGCCGCUCUGGAAGAGGUGGCUAAAGACGAAGGCUUCGAGAUAUUCUCUCCUGGCGACAUCCCCCUCCCGGGCCAGAGCAAGCCGCAUAUGCUCACGAUUCCGGAGAUCAAGGCAUGGAUCGAGAUCUAUACCCAGGCUGCCAAGAAUGCUGUUGCCGCUGGAUUUGAUUUCGUGGAAGUCCAUGCUGCGAACGGCUAUUUCAUCGAUCAGUUCCUCCACGAAGUAUCAAAUAACCGAACGGACGAGUACGGCGGGUCGAUUGAAAAUCGAUGCCGGCUUGCCCUGGAGGCUGCCCAGGCUGUGGUGGACAUCGUUGGCCAGGAACGUACCGGUCUCCGCAUCAGCCCAUGGGGAGAGUUCCUCGAUCCGUUUUGCUCGCUCUAUUAUGACGAUAGAAUGAGAAUGGACGAUCCUAUCCCUACGUUCUCCUACCUCGUUCGCCAGUUCAAGGAGCGUUUCCCCAACUUUGCGUAUCUGCACGUCACGGAACCGCGUGUCGAAGGUGACGUUGACCGCCAGGACCGGCCCAAGGAGAGUAACGAUUUCCUGCGAGAGAUCUGGCGUCCGAACGUGUAUCUCACCGCUGGGGGCUAUACGGAGGACGUCAGGGAUGUGAUACCGAGGAUGGGAGACGUUCUCGUGUACGGCCGUUAUUUCAUCUCUAACCCUGAUCUCCCCCACCGCCUUAAGAAGGGUAUUCCGUUUACUAAAUACAAUCGGGCUACGUUCUACCUGCACGGUCCUGAUAAGACCGAGGGGUACACUGAUUAUCCCACGGCGGAGGAGCAAGCGCAUCUAGUCGCAAAGCAAUAG